GUCUGCUUUUGACCGCUUGGGAGAUCCCAAGUCAAAGAAACCCCGGAGCUCUGCGUUCGAGCGGUUGCAAGACACUCUGCGUUCGAGAGAAGAUGGGAGUCCUCAAUGACCUCCAAGAUCGGUUCUGGGGAGCGACGAAGGACGGUCGAGGAUAAGGGUGCAGCCGAGCUGUGGAGAAUGUACGAGCAAUUGAAGAAGCGGCUGGACGCCCAAAACCCCUACCGCCAGGCGGUCUUCAGUGAGGUAACACUCUUAUCCAGGAGGAUAAUGUCUUGUCCUCUUCCAGACAACUUCAAAACUCCCCAGAUUAAAGCAUACAAUGGGACGACUGACCCCCAAAAGAACCUUGCUCGUUUUGGAGCGAAUGUGGUCAUGUAUGCAUACCCAGAAGAAAUCAAGUGUCGAUGCUUCCUAGCAACACUAGAACGGCAGGCUUGUGAAUGGUUCCACAAGCUGCCCAAGGGAUCGGUAGAUAAGUGGAGCGACCUCGCCCACAAGUUCUUGGAGCACUUCGCGUCCAGCCGAAGACAAAAGCUCCCCUUCUCGCACUUGCUCAAUGUAAAGAUUCGGAAGGGAGAGAAGCUCCAGGAAUUCAUUAAUAGGUGGGAGAAGGAGGCCAGGGACGUCCAAGGAGCGGACGACAAAGCCCUGCCAUGCUCCAAGCUGCACUCCCCCAAGGGGAUGUGCGCAAGGAGCUGCGACGGAAUCCACUCUCGACCUAUCAAGAGAUGUUGGCCAGGGCGAAAUACCUGGCGUUGGAAGAGGAAGACGAUGAGCCACCAGUCCGGAAGGAGAAGAAAAGUGGGCCACCGGUGGCAGAAGGAAAGAAAAGGAAGGAUUACGGAGUUGGGGUUGUCUCAAAGCGACCUGAAGCCAAUCCAUAUGCCACUGUCAGGGUUCACAGGAGAUACCAUCGAAGCUGAAGGAACUAUCACGGUGAAGGCCGGGGUAGGAGAUGGCACCCACCAACUCUGGAUCGACAUGGAAUUCAUGAAGGAAGAGGGGCGACCUCGAGCUGAGCCAGUGGAAGAAGUCGAAGAAGUUCCAUUGGAUCCAGUCAAGCCAGAGCAGAAGGUAAAGGUAGGUAAAACUUUACCGCCUAGGUUAAAGAAACAACUGUUGGAGGUCAUCCAAGCAUUCAAGGUGCUGUUCGCUUGGGGCCUAGAAGAUAUGCCCGGGGUCGACCCAAAGAUCAUCUGCCAUAGGUUGGCGGUAGACCCAACCCACAAGCCGGUCAAGCAGAAGAAACGUUUCCUUUCUUCAGACUCGAGAGAUUUUGUCACCAACAGACCUGGACGGAUUAGGGUGUUACAGGGAGUGUUCCUGGGAUCUUUUCAGAUAGAGUUUAAACCGCGACCGGCGAUAAAGGGGCAAGCAUUGGUAGAUUUCGUGGUAGAAUGCACUGCAAGAGAGGUGGAGCCUAGUGGAGAAGAGCCCGAGGGGAACUGGUGGACUGUGUACACUGAUGGUUCGUCCGCGACUGAUGCUUCGGGGGGAGGAGAAUUUGAAGCCAAGGAUGAGCGAAUGAAGAAAUACAGGGACACCGCUCUGGAGUUGCCUAAAGCAUUCGGGGCAUACCGGAUGGAGCAGGUCCCCCGAGAGGAGAAUGCCGAGGCGGACAUCCUGUCGAAACUUGGUCCGGAUUCCCCAGAACAUAUCAAGGCAAUGACCCAGGAAGAAGAGUUGCUCGAACCAAGCAUCAGUCUCGGACAAGUGCUGGUCAUCACACUCAAAGAGCCGGAUUGUAUCGAUGAGAUCACCAUGUAUAUCCUUGACGGGUCGUUACCUACUGACCCAAUCGCAGCAAAGGUGGUGAAACGACGUGCACCUAGCUACACGCUAGAGUGCUAUCGGCUGUACAAGCGAUCGUACAAUGGCACAUUAUUGAGAUGCCUAAGAAGGGACGAGGCGCAAAAGUUAAUGGAGGAAAUCCAUGAGGGGAUAUGCUCAGCACAUCAGGGAGCCUUCACAUUGUCCAGAAAGGUGACCCUACAAGGGUAUUUCUCGCCAACGAUUAUCAGGGGUUGUGCAGAGUAUGUGCGUAAAUGCAAGAUUUGCCAAGAAUUCCAAAAGGUGCCGGGGCGACCGGCGAGGAAUUAUACCCCGAUCAGCACGACGAUUCCCUUUGCCUGGUGGGGUAUUGACCUAGUUGGUAUUUUACCUCGGGGGACAGGGAACAACACGUAUCUGGUAGUCGCGAUCGACUACUUUACCAAGUGGGUCGAGCCUGCCCUUGUGCCGACCAUCACUGAAGAACAGAUGAGGAAGUUUGUGUCCAAGCAAAUCUUGUGCCGGUUUGGGUUGCCGCAGCAGAUUAUCACCGACAAUGGAACCCAGUUCGAGGCUAGAGGGUUCAAUGAGUUUCUACAGAGCUGGGGCAUAAAACACAGCUAUGUAGCGGUCGGUUACCCCAGACCAAUGGGCAGGUCGAGAACACUAAUCGAAAAUGAAGAAAACUUGAGGGCAAAGCUGCUCCUCAUUGAUGAGCGAAGAGAAAGGGCGUACAUACGGGCAGAGAACUACCGUCGGCAGGUCAAGUCAUAUCACGACCAGCGGGUGCGACCAAGGCAGUUCAGAAUGGGCGACUGGGUCCUUAGGAAAAGGGAGGUCAGUCGGCCGACCGAUGGAGGGAAGUUUGCUAAGAGCUUCGAAGGGACAUAUGUCAUAAAGGAGGUGUUGGCCAAUGGGACAUUUAGAUUGCAGACACCAGUUGCAGGCGACGUUCUACGAACUCUGGAUCGCGACCCAUUUAAAAAAAUAUUUUCAGAGUAAUGCGAAAGUACAAUAAUAAUCAAAUCAUGACACAUUUAAAAAUCUGAUGAUCAACAUUUGCCUGCCAUCCUUGCAUCUCCUCUGACUCAAUGCCCUCCGGGAAAGGUUCCAUCAUUGUCUUCUUGUUACCUACGUGUAGUCAACGAAAAAUACAAACUACACGCUCAGCGAAACCGCUGAGUGGUACCACGCUAGAAUUGUAGAAUGAUUCAUAGACAUAUACAUAUACAUAUAUAUACGCCCACAAAAUGUAUAAAAAUAUUCAUGAUAUGGCACAUUAUAUCAUAUGUUCAAUUUGAUGAUUUAUGAUGGUGGAUAUUUAAUGAUGAUUACCUGAUGGCAUAUUUAAUCAAUAUAAUUAUUCUUGAUGAUGAUUACAUGACACUUAUGUAAUCAAUAUAAUUGUUCUUGAUGAUGAUUUCAUGACACUUAUGUAAUCAAUAUAAUUGUUCUUG